AGGCACAGCUUAGGACAAGAAGUUGAGUGGGCUUCGCUGCCCCCCAAACAAGCUAACAACACUCCCCACACGUUCCCCAGGACACCUGCCCUAUCAGCUGAUUUUGACAGCUGGCAUCCCGCAUGUUCUGAAGUGCACGGAAAGGAAAUAUUUUGCAUAGUCAUGUGAUCAGCUCAUUAUAUUAUUUUUUUUCUUUCAAUAAUAUUAAAAAAUAUGACAGUUUUUUAAAGUGACAUUUCCAUUAUUUACUUAUUUCGGCGGCUUUUUAAAGUAGUAUUACUGAAAUUGAUUAUUUCCCAUGAAGCAUCAGCCAGUAUUAAUGCCAGAAGAGCUCUAUCCGUUUAACUUGCUGGGAACUGUUAUGAACACUGGGCACAUCUUUGAAAAGAGUAUACAGCAAAACGCAAUAUUUUUACACCAGACGCUGUCUCCGCCGCUACCACCACCAUGUCAGCAGAGGUGGGCAGUGUCAAACCCAAUCCUUACAUUUUUGACAUUGAGAACCGGCGAAAGCGCAAGCCCCGGCUAGCACAUGACCUUGGGGCUGGUGCUAAGUGCAAUAAGUGUGGGGACAAGUGCCCUGGGUUUGAGCUACAUUUCUGGAGGAAGAUAUGCAUGAACUGUCGAUGUGGGAAGGACGAUCAUGACGUGCAGGAUGACGAUGAGGACAUUGGUAAGGUGGUCAUCGGCAAAUUGUUUGAGCGGCCAGCACGCACCAAGAAAGAGGAGCUGGAGUUUUCUUAUGGAAACAACUUAGAUAUGGUCAAUGAAGAAACAGGAAAACCAGAGAAGGUGAAGUUUGACUGGGUGCCACCAAACACAGAAAGAAACUUGGCAGCUCGCUACAUGGCACUUCUUCCACCAGAAAAGAGACCAGUGGCUGGAUCUGAAGCAGCUAAGGAGCGACGUAAGCAGCUAGAGCAACAGGUUCCAUUGUAUGACAUGGAUGCCAGUCAGAGGUGUGAAAAUAUGCCUACUGAGGAGCUCCAGUCUUUUGAGGCAUAUAUGGAACGCAUCAGGACGCAGGUGGCUGGGCAGGGUAUUGUACAGGAGAUUGCCGGCAUGCCAACACCAUCUGUUGCUCAGCCCCUCCCUAGUCACCUGCAGAAGGACCCUCAACUUAAUAGUGGCACUGGAAAUAUUGUGGGUCACAGUUACCCUGUAUCACCUGUGAAGACUGGUCUUCCUUACAAAGAAGAUGACAGUACCUAUGCAAUGCCAUAUACUCAGAUAACAGAUCAGCCAUACCAGCAGAAAGUGCCUCAAGGGCUCAAGGAGUUUAUGGGAGGAAUGAUAGGAGAAUCUGGAAGGUUUCUGGCCAGUAGUGACACUUAUGGUGUGGCUCCUGCAAUGUCUCGGCCACUGAGGGGUCUGGGACAAGACCAGGGUGUGCCAGGCAUCACAGCACAACUUUCUGGCCUCCAGACAGGUGGCAGUCAACAGGGCUUCCCAUCUCCUGAUUCAUACAAGGACCAACUGACUGGUGGUCUUCAUGCAAUGAAGGGUCCUCAUCAACAUGCUACAAGUCCAGGAAAUGAAUGGCCACCUCCACCAUCCUUUGUUUCAGGUCAUGACCAAAGAUCAAACUUGGCAACCACUGCUUCAAGCAAACAAGGCUUACCAGGCCAAGAGGCCCUUGUACCAGGCAAACAGGGUUUCCUGCCAGGCCAAGAGGGCUUUGUACCAGGCAAACAAGGCCUGCCAGGCCAAGAGGGCUUUGUACCAGGCAAACAAGGCCUGCCAGGCCAAGAGGGCUUUGUACCAGGCAAACAAGGCCUGCCAGGCCAAGAGGGCUUUGUACCAGGCAAGCAAGGCCUGCCAGGUCAAGAGGGCUUUGUACCAGGCAAACAAGGCCUGCCAAGCCAAGAGGGCUUUGUACCAGGCAAACAAGGCCUGCCAGGCCAAGAGGGCUUUGUACCAGGCAAACAAGGCCUGCCAGGCCAAGAGGGCUUUGUACCAGGCAAACAAGGCCUGCCAGGCCAAGAGGGCUUUGUACCAGGCAAACAGAGUUUCCUGCCUGGCCAAGAGGGCUUUGUACCAGGCAAACAAGGUCUGCCAGGCCAAGAGGGCUUUGUACCAGGCAAACAAGGUCUCUUGCCAGGCCAAAAAGGCUUUGUACCAGGCAAACAAAGUCUUUUCCCAGGCCAAGAAGGCUUUGUACCAGGGAAACAAGGUCUUUUCCUUGGCCAAGAAGGCUUUGUACCAGGCAAACAAGGUCUCUUGCCAGGCCAAGAAAGCUUUCUACCAGGCAAACAAGGCCACCUACCUAAUGUAGAUGGCCCUCUGCAAAAGGCACCAAUCAUUACCUCAGUAGACCAGGCUUUCUCUCCUGGUAGAGACACCAUGAUCCACCGCUACCAGAUGGGAGGCUCAGAGCCGGCCACUACUCUUGCUUAUGAAAAAGCUGGAGUUCUAGGUAGCCACAGACCUUCACAAAGGCCUGCUGGUUUAAGUCCCAGCAAGGAGGGUGGCAGAGGCAUUUUGCCUCAAAUGUCACCAAGGGAGGGAAGCAUCACAAAUAAGGAAGCUGUUCAGGCUCCCUAUGAUGCCUACAAAGAAACUUUAUCAGGAGGCAUGCAAGUAGCACCAGGAUCAGCUGUAACUGUAUUAUUUCCUGGUGAAAGUCAUGUAUUGCGGUCUCAAGAUAUGAGUGGAGAGAUGCCUGGACAGAAGAGCAAGUUUUCAUGUCAGUACUGCAGUCUUCCCAUGACUGUUGGGGAUGUAGCAAUCUUCUGUGAGAGAGCAGGAACAGAUAAGUGCUGGCAUCCUGCUUGUUUCUGCUGCUUUACCUGCAAAGAACUUUUGGCUGAUCUCAUCUAUUUCUAUAAGGAUGGAAAAGUUUAUUGUGGUCGUCACUUUACAGAUGCUAUGGACAUGCCAAGGUGUAAAGCCUGUGACGAGCUGAUAUUUGGAAACUCAUGGACCCGAGCUGACAACUUUAACUGGCAUAUUCAUCACUACUGCUGCUAUGUGUGUGACACACCACUGGCUGGCCAGCGAUAUGUGCCAGAUAAAAAUAGCUUCCCAUACUGCCUGCCAUGCCACAUGGCUUAUCAGGCUAAGACAUGCCAGACUUGUGAAGAGAAGAUAGCACCUGAGGAAAACAGGUGCAGCCAUCGUGGGUACUUCUACCAUGCAAACCCUCAGUGCUUCCAGUGCUAUUCCUGCAAGACUGCACUACUGGGGAAGAAGUUCAAGAUGGCUAAAAAUUGGCUUUUUUGCUCUAAUGAGUGUGUGCAAGCAGCAGCAGAAGACAUAGCCAACAACCCAAAUCCAAAAGAAAUGCCCCAAUAAAUUACAUUACUUCAUUCCAUUAUCUUCAAUAGCUUCUUUUUUAUUAGUAUAAAUUACUGUAAUACAUAUUGGAUAUAAAAUUUUUACUCAAAAAAAUUUAGUUUUAAAGAGUGUUUGUGAUAUUUGCAUUUCAUUUUUAAGUUACAGUCAAGUUUGUGGUACAGAAAUUAGGUGACUGAUAUUGAAUACAGCAUAGUCUUAACCCUUUGAAUGCUAAUGGCAGUAUGACAGUAUAUAAUCUGGAGAAUCAAAAACAAUUACAGACACUAAGCUUAAUUUUUCCUGUCAUUGGUGUCUUCCAAAAUCAAACUCUAAACUUGUUGUACAAGAUUUUAUUAAGCUUGAAGGAAAAGCCAUAGUAGUCAAAGGAUUAACACAUCUGUUCCAGUAUCCUGUAUUUGCCAAUGCUUUAUAAAAUGUAUUCAUGUAGCACCACUCUUGGGUAGAGUAUAGAAGACAAGGAAUACAAAAACACACUUAUGGUAAGGAAGAGGAAGGCAUCACCCAUUUCUUGAACAGACCAGCCAUCAUCUUAUAAUACACACAUACACACACACACACAUUAUAAGUAUUCUUAUAAAUUACCUAUUUUUGGCUUUAUAACAUUUCUUAUUUACUGUUAUAUUUUUCCUAGGCCAGUCUUCAUUUAAUGUAUUUAGGUAUGUGUAAUAAAAGGGAUUUUCAUUUAA